AUGGACCAACCACCUCCACCACCACCCCCCUUCAACCCACCCACGGGCAACAAAUCCGCCAACUACCAACCAAACAAAUACAAAGUGCCCUGUCCCUUCGAUGGCUGCAACCGCCUGUUCGUCUGCGACCACAACUGCAACCAACACAUCCGCGAAGCGCAUACGAAAGAGAGACCGUACGUCUGCCCGGAAAACCACUGCAAGUCCGCCUUCGCCCGACUGGGGAGUCUGAAUCGACACAUCCGCCUCAUCCACCAUAAGAAUCCUUCUUGGAGUGGGCGUGAUGGAGCCUCUCCUGCUGGACGCGGUAGAGUCACGAAGAGGCAAGGGCGUGGGAGGACGAGAAGGAGGAGUGCUGCUACUGAUGCGCCGACGGAGGAUGAUGAGCAGGUUCCUUCGCAGGCUCAGGGGGAUGGAAGGCCCGCUGGACAGGCUGCUGUGCUGCCUGAGUUUGACUUCCGACAGAUCCACGAGGGUAUGGAUCGCAUGACAAUCAACGACCCUCCGCUGCAAGCAGACACGACGGAAGGCCAGCCCACAGGACCGCUGGACGGGCAAGCUGGCAGCACCAACGUCGCACCUACUUACCCAACAUUCGCCCACCUGGCGUUUCCGCAACACGCAGAUGAAGGUACGUCGGGACAACAGCCAGAGCCUCUGUACGAAGGGCAGGGCACCAUGAACACGGCAGCAUCUUACCCGUUGUUCGUAGACCCGGCUUUUGCGCAGCACGCAGACGAAGGUACGUCAGCCCCAUACCUUGACCCAGCGUUGACAGCAGCUUCUACCUUCGACUUAUCCAACGACCUCACCUUCAUACCCCCCAAUGAGGCGGAUCUCUUCAACCUGCCGCCUCCGCCUGCUCCAAUAGCUCUGUCAAGUAAUUACUUCUGUUUCUGCUGUGGAGCCACGAGAAGUGAUCAGAGUUCGCUCGAUACGCAUCCCCAUGAUUCGCACGGAUGGGCUAUGCCAGGUUGUCGCUGCGGGCGGUGCAUGGAAGGGCAGGAUCUCUUUGCCAACGCGGCGGUUGGUGGUGAGCAGAUGCUGCCGACGAUGAACACCGGCGACCUGACAUUGCCGGCGCUCAAUACUGGUAUGGAGCAGGCCAUGGACUUCAAUUAUCAGUGGCCCCCAAGCGAGCUGGAGGCAUCAUACGGCAUAAACACUAGUUUCGGCCAACUCCCGAACGAUCCUGGAGCCUGGCAGCUGUUCGACAACACCUACCUUGACAACAACUUCGACGACGAACCAAGCGAACGGACCAUCGCGGGAACGAAGGGACACCACAGCCAGAGCACGACGCCGUCCAACAACGACGAGGGUUGGAACUCACCGACCAGAUGGCCAGGCCUGGACGGCUACGUUGGCGAGAUGGAUCCGAAUGUGUUGGACAUAGACAUGGAUGAAGAUGAGGAUAGCUACAACGCGUUGGCUAGGGAUGCGAUGAGGUUGUUUGGGGGUGGUGGUGAGCGCUGA